CAAAACCGAACGGAACAAAUCGGAGCUCAAUUUUGCGGAGAGACGGAGGCGGAGCUGAAGCCUGAAUCAUGAUCUCUCAGUUCUUCGUCUUGUCUCAGCGAGGCGAUAAUAUUGUGUUUCGCGACUAUCGCGGUGAAGUACCGAAAGGAAGUGCAGAGAUAUUCUUCCGCAAAGUUAAGUUUUGGAAAGAAGACGGACAAGAGGAGGCACCACCUGUCUUUAAUGUGGAUGGUGUAAACUACUUUCAUGUUAAGGUUGUUGGACUGUUGUUUGUUGCAACCACAAGGGUUAAUGUGUCACCAUCUCUUGUCCUGGAGCUUCUACAAAGGAUUGCUCGUGUCAUUAAGGAUUACCUGGGCAUUCUAAAUGAAGAUUCAUUGAGGAAGAACUUUGUUCUUGUGUAUGAGUUGCUUGAUGAAGUCAUAGACUUUGGUUAUGUGCAAACAACAUCCACUGAAGUAUUGAAGUCCUAUGUAUUUAAUGAACCAAUAGUGGUUGAUGCUGCACGACUCCAACCUCUUGGUCCUGCUGCAAUCUUUAUGCAAGGGACCAAAAGAAUGCCAGGGACAGCUGUCACAAAAUCUGUUGUAGCAAAUGAACCUGGAGGCAGAAAGAGGGAAGAAAUUUUUGUGGAUAUAAUUGAGAAAAUCAGUGUUACAUUCAGCUCUAGUGGAUAUAUACUGACUUCUGAAAUUGAUGGAACUAUUCAAAUGAAGAGUUAUCUGACUGGAAAUCCAGAAAUUCGAUUAGCUCUUAAUGAUGAUCUGAGCAUAGGAAGAGGCGGGGGAUCAGUCUAUGAUUACAGGAGUUCAUCUGGUUCUGGGGCAGUGAUACUUGAUGAUUGUAAUUUUCAUGAAUCUGUUCGACUUGAUAGUUUUGAUAUGGACAGAACUCUGAGUCUGGUACCACCAGAUGGUGAAUUCCCUGUCAUGAACUACCGGAUGACUCAGGAAUUCAAGCCUCCUUUUCGUAUUAACACUUUAAUUGAAGAGGCAGGGGCCCUUAAAGCUGAAGUGAUUCUCAAAGUACGUGCCGAGUUUGCCUCAAGCAUUACUGCAAACACAGUUGUUGUCCAGAUGCCAUUGCCGAAGUACACUAUCAGAGCUAGUUUUGAAUUGGAACCUGGAGCUGUUGGGCAAAGAACAGAUUUCAAGGAGGCAAACAAGAGACUGGAAUGGGGUUUGAAGAAGAUUGUUGGUGGAUCUGAAUAUACACUGCGUGCUAAGUUGACAUUUUCACAAGAAUCACAUGGAAAUAUUACAAAGGAAGCGGGACCAGUUAGCAUGACUUUCACAAUACCAAUGUAUAAUGCUUCAAGGCUUCAGGUGAAAUACUUGCAGAUCGCAAAGAAAUCCAGUGCUUAUAAUCCAUAUCGAUGGGUGAGAUACGUCACUCAGGCCAAUUCCUAUGUUGCGCGAAUAUGAUAUCCUAGCGCUUCCAUCAUUUCCUUGCCUAUCAUUUGUUGUCAUGUUUUCACAUUGACGGGGUUUUACAUUUUUGUUGAAUCAAAAUGAAUGUUUUAAUAGUGUAUAUUAGCCACUGCCAACUGCGGCUUUUGGUGGGAUAUCUUCUGCUAGAAAACAUGUCAAUUGAGUACGCUACUGGACAUACAUUCUAUUACUCCUAUCAACAGGUGCUCUUUCAAAUUGUACGUUAACCUAGUUAGAUUUCGUAGUGCCAACGAUGUCAUUACUUCCUGGGCUUGUGGAAGUGAUAAAACUUAAUCAAAAACAGAGGAAGAGAAAUGACAUUGUUCUAUUAGCCAUAUUCUUAUGACAUCCUUAGAAGAUUUACCACCACCCCCUUUUCUAUACUUGGUGAGUUGUCGAUUUUUUGUUGGUUUAGGAGUAUGUCCCCGUAAAACAGCAGAAUUUGUCCUUAAUAGAGGUGAUACUGUCAA